CCUAAAUUGUCGCCUCCCCAGCCGAUCGCCUCAUCGAGCUUUGCAGCAAAAACUAGUAAUCGUCAACAAACAGCAGUGAUCGUUUACACCGCUUUUGUUUUUUGGGCUCGCCAAGUUCACCAGUUUUUGUAUGGCUAACAGGUUUGGACGAAAGGACAAGGUUGACACGGCUCUUCCGUUGUACGAAACGAGACAAUCUCCAUCAUCGCCGUUCCUAGGACGGAGCUCUUUUGGAGACGAUGAACUAGAAAGCCGUAAUAAUGGACGGAUUGAAGGUCUUACUGGGAAGGUGCAAUCGCUAAAGCACAUCACAAUGGCUAUUGGACAUGAAAUUAACUCGUCUACUAAUUUGAUGGAGUCCAUGAAUGAUAGCUUUUCUUCUACUCACAACGUUGUGUCUACGACAAUGCUCAAGCUAAAGAACCUUAGUCAGCGACACGGUAUUUCCAUAUGGACUUGGCUCCUAUUUUUCUGUUGUGUCGCACUCGUCUUUGUCUGGGUACGGUAUUAAGCAAAAUAAGACAACGUAGACGGACAAACGUGGUGCUAUCGUCCUUAGCAAAUAUGUUCCCCGUUACGUCUCACAUCAUUUCUGCUAGUUUGCUCUCGGCCGUCCGUCUACCCAAUCCUCCGGUCUUUUUCUUCCUUAAUCUCAAGUUCUUUCGCUGCAACUCACCUUUCCACACUACGCUAUGUAACUGUACACUAUCACCGUGCAACGAAACCUCUUUUAUCAUCGUUCUAUAUUAAAACAAAACAGACUAAAUG